GUCCGGCUACGCAUGCGUAAUGCCACAUACUGACAGCAAGUGGAGCAAACAGCCAAGCUAGCCAACUGUUAGCUGAAGAAAGCAGCUAUUUACACACAGAACUUAGGUUAAGAUGUUUCGGAGAAAACUGACAGCGCUAGAUUAUCACAAUCCCAGUGAAUUUGACUGCACAGAUGAGACGCAAUUUAGGAACUGCAUCGUGUGGCUGGAGGACCAGAAGAUUCGACAUUAUAAGAUCGAGGACAGAGGAAACCUGAGGAACAUCCCGAGCUCAGACUGGCCCAAAGCCUACCAGAAGUACCUGCAGGAUCUCAACUGUCCGUUUGGAGUUGAGGAGAAGCACGAGGCUCUAGACUGGUUACUGGGCCUGUCUGUACGAUAUGAAUAUGGAGACAAUGUGGCUAAGUACAAGGACUGUAAGCCGCUGGCAGCCUCCAGCAACAGUGGGGACAAAGCAGUGGACCCUCUCCUCAACCUUGACAGUAGUUCACCAGAUUUCAAAGCAGGAGUGACCGCUCUGGCCAACAUCCUAAAGAUACAGCGACAUGAUGAUUACCUGGUUAUGCUCAAGGCUAUUCGUAUUCUGAUCCAGGAGAGACUCUCUCCAGAAGCAGUCACUAAAGCCAGCCAGCAUACAGAGGGUAUUCCAGUAGCUUUAGACAAGCACAUCUUGGGCUUCGACACUGGAGAUGCCACUCUGAAUGAAGCGGCCCAGAUCCUGCGCCUGCUGCACAUCGAGGAGCUGAGGGAGCUCCAGACGAAGAUCAACGAGGCCAUCGUAGCCGUUCAGGCCAUCAUAGCCGACCCCAAGACAGACCACCGGCUGGGCAAGGUGGGAAGAUGAGAGCGAGGAUGGACAGGGACACUAAAGGAAGGCAGGGACUGAACCAAGGGAGUUUUAAUUUGAUUUUGAGAGGAAAAGCCUGUCUGCGCUGUGGACAUAAAUGAGUUUGGAUUUUGUUUCCGUUGUUUCAUGAGAUCAGAGUGAUCCGAUUGGGAAUUUGGACUAAAUAGGAGCAAAUGCCAAAUUUUCAGAUGCUGCUUUUCAUUUUUGUACUGCAGCGUGAAUGAAUUUACACCACGUUAAAAUAGUUUUUGAUUGAGUAAUUAAUUAGUGUUAGUAGUACUGAUUUAGACUAAUAUGUUAAGUCAUAAUUUCUUCAGACUGGGGUCUAACCUUCAGAUUAUCUCCUGGCUCCCGCAAUAGAAACCCACAGAGAAGCUUCUCAGUUAUUCCUGGACAGUUAGAUUUGUCUCUUUUGUUUCCAGAGGUUUUUUUGUUUGCAAAUGGAAGAAAGGGUUAUUUUGAAACUGUUUACAUUGACACUGUGGGAAAUGUAUAAAUCCAGCUGAACAGA